AAAAUAUUACCAAAGCUCUAAAACCUCCAACUAUAUAUAAACUCUAACACAACAGAAGAAGCCUUACAACAAAACAAUGGCUCUCUUCUUCUUCUUCUUCUUCUUACUGAUCUUCAAACACAUUUCCAUGGCUCUUGCAGACAUUGGCACUGCCUCAUCCUAUGGCCCCCCAUAUCUUCCCACACAGUGUAACGGGAAUAGCGUCGAACAGUUUCCUCCCGGCAACCUCUUUGUCGCAGUCAACGAAGGGUUGUGGGAUAAUGGUGCUGCCUGCGGUCGACGAUAUAGAUUACGGUGUUUGAGUGGUCGAAAUCGCCCAUGCAAGACCGACAUCAUCGAAGUUCAAGUCGUGAACUUUUGCCCUAAGUCCCCAUGCCCUUCUUCCUUUCUCAUGUCCAAAGAGGCUUUCUUCGCCAUCUCUCGCUUCCCUACUGCUAAACUCAACGUUGAAUACAUUGAGAUAUAAUUUCACAAGUUUUGCAGCCAUUAAUUUCCAAAAGUUGAGUGCAGUCUCAAAUUUUCAAAGAUAAUUUGCUGUGCAAUAAUACCAACGUACCUAUACCUAUACCUAUACCCAUCUUUUGCAACGUGCUAACCCUAUCAAAUAUUGUCAUCAAAAUGACCAUAGUUCAACUAGCAACAUACAUGUACUAUCAAUAUCAAUUUCAAGAAAAUUCAUAUAUAUAGUCUGUUAGAAAGAAAACCAUUAAAUAUGGUUGGAUAUAUAUUGUUGUUGUUUGGUUUAUUUUCAUUAUUACUAUAUACACGAUCAAGCAGAUUACAAAAAA